AGGGAGGAUAGUCAACAGUUUCCGAGUUUUCUCAGUCGAUCAUCAUGUUCAAUCUUAAGUUAUUCGUCCUGAUUGCUGUGGCCAUCUGCCUGACCCAGGCCUGCUGUGUCAGCGAGCCCGAGACGCCCAAUUGCGGAUGUGGAAAGCCUCAGUGCAGAUCCUGCGGCUGCGGUGGCGUCCGGACAGGUGGAUGUGGUGCCAAACCCUGCCGGAAUCCCUGCCCCAGCUGCGGCGGCUCCAGCUGCGGCUGCCCCAAGUAACCAGCUCUACGGAAGUCCUCCACGGUCUAUC